UCUUCAAUGCUCCCAGCCCUCCUCCCCAAAGGCUUUUCCCACGGGGUUUAACCUCCUCUCUUGCACCUCCUUCUCCCUGGAGCAUCUUCUCAUCCCUCUGGGCUGGCUUUUCUCCAAGCCUGUUGCUUUUGCUCCUCGAUGGAGGAAAGCAGCAGCAGUAAGCCCAGCCCCUUGGUUUUUCCUCUGCCAUACCGAGAUGAUUCAAAGCCACAUUUAGCAUAACCUGACCUUUGCUUUGCAUGCAAAGUGUUUCGAACCAGCUCCAAAAGCUGCCAGAGCAGUUGAAAAUUGACUGCAAACCUUCGGGGAGCAGGUAGAGCACGGUGCCUUUGCCAUCACCCGCCUACAGGGCUCUCUUAAAAAUCCCCACUGCUCUGGGUUUAUUCCGCAAAAAAAAAAUCGGAAAAAAAACCAUCAAAAAACCCUCUUCCUGCUUGGAAGCUCUGAAGCAUAAAGCUUAAAGCGACCAGCGGUUUCUUGAGGUGGUCUCUCACCCCUUUGCCUUGCCUACGAGCCCAAGCAGGCACCCAAGCUACUGGGGUGCAGCCAAGUGUUGGGAACGUGGCCGUUGGGCCAUCCCUCCCCGAAUGUGACGUUACUCGGCAGCAUCAGGAAGUCACUUUCAGCCGGCGUAGGCUCUCGCAGGAGCACAGCACAAAUGCACUCCUGUGCCAUGGCUUCCCAUGGUACCUGUUGCCCACGAGGUCUUGGCGUGUUGCAGAGGAGAAAAAAACCAAAGGCUCCGGACAGCUUGAUGGGAUCUUGCAAAUGUGGGAGGCAUGGCUGGCUGCAGAUUUGCUCAGCCUUUUCCUUGUUAACAUGCAGCUUGAGCCGCGCUCCCUGCAGAUGGUAGUGGAUGUGAGCCCCUGGGUCUGGCACGUCUCUGCUUGUAAUGGGGAAAGGAGCACAACAGCCACAUUCUUCAGACCAAGAGGAUGUGUUGAACAACUCCAACGAUCUAGAGAAAGAUUGCAAGUGGGAGUCCAACACCAAGAAGCCAGACCGGGAAAGAUCCCGCUCGUCUCGGGUUUUCGUCCCUCUGUGCGUGGUGCUGGUGCUCCUCAUCUUCGUCCUGCUGGUGGCCUUGACUGCUUUCUCUUUUGCAGUUGUCCAUUCAGGAUCCCGUUUGCCUCAGCCCGACUUCUCCCACGUGUGCCCAGACGCCUGGCUUGGUUUCCAAGGGAAAUGCUAUUAUUUUUCUGAGGCUGAGAGCAAUUGGACCACCAGUCAGGAAAGCUGCGAGGCCCUGGGAGCUUCACUGGCCCUCAUAAACACGAUGGAUGAGCUGACCUUCAUUAAACGCUAUAAAGGCGAAGCAAACCAUUGGUUUGGGCUGCGAAAGGAGAAGGAUGACAGCUGGUGGUGGACCAACGGCACAGCCUUCAACAACUGGUUUGAGGUGCGGGGUGGUGGGCCCUGUGCAUACCUGAACCAGGAGAGGAUCAGCUCGUCCCUGUGCCACACCAAGAAGAACUGGCUGUGCAGCAGACCCGACAAUUACAUCCUCUGGAAGCAAAAAGCAUAUCCGUAAUAAAAGACGCCAUAAACAGGAGCUUCAUCUUCGUUCUCUUGCCAGCAGAUGGAGAACUGAGCAUAGUUUCUUUUGGUAAAUCCCUAUGUCUGACUAUCACCAACAUUUAUGAGUUCUUGAUUUCAUGAGACCUUCUGCUCAGACAAGCUAGACUAUUGUUGAUCUGUCAUUGCUGUAGGAUCACUGCAUCAUAAAAAGCUUAUUGAGUUUUUCUGUGUGCUUUGAAAAGCCAUAUUUUGCCUAUAAGCGAGGCAGGUCCAUAAGGUACUCACUUGAGUGAGUUAAUUUCAAUGAACAGAUUUUCUUGCUGUUGGAAGGAGGUGAAAAAAGGUGGGGAGGGAAUUUGGUGAAAUGGUGGAUUUGGGUGAGCUUGGAAUGUUUUAGAGGUUUUUUUUUAAAAAACAAACAAACAAACCAAAAAAAAACCCCAAAAACCAACCAACCCCCCCCCAAUCUAAACCCAACUUGCCCCCCAAAUCCCUCAAAAUCAAAAAGACCUAAACCAAACCAAACAAAAAAAUCCCAAACAACAACAAAUAAUCCCCCCCCCAAAAGACAAAAAAAACCCAAACCCCCAAAACCCAAACAAAAAGCUGCUUGCAUCAAUCCGUGUGCUGAUGUUCUCAGAUGUGCCCAGGGAGAUGCAUGCUUGGUAGUAUACUCCUUACUGCAGUUGUUACUCAGGAAAACUUUUCUUAAUAUAACUUUCUAAUACAUGCAAUACAUUUUAUGUCACCUGAACUCUUAUUUGCAAAUUGUGUUAUUUCAAUAAAUUGAACCCAACUA